GAGUACGCGUGCUUAAGUCAUUGUUGGGGUGGUUCACAUCCCUGCACUUUGACAGAAGAUACCAGAGCAGAAUAUACCAAGAAAAUUCGCAAAUGCGAUCUCACACCAGUGUUCCUCGACGCAAUAAAGGUCUGCAAGAAGCUUGGCUUGAGAAGACUCUGGAUUGAUUCGCUCUGCAUACAGCAAGACAGCAAAGAGGACUGGCGUUAUGAGUCGCAGAGGAUGGGGCCAUACUAUCGCAAUUGCACCGUAUGCAUCACAGCUACAAGCUCUGCCAAUUCGGAGAAGAGUUUCGAGAUUGCAGAAAGACCUUCGGUGGUGAGCUCAUCUAGCACGGAUCCCGAAAGUGGGCCUUUCAGUCUCCUUGCUUACCCUUUCGACUUGAUGGAGGAAAAGCCUCAUUUUGGCCACUCGAAUAGUCUGGAAACUGCCCUUGAAAGCUUUCCUCUCCUUACCCGUGCAUGGGUCUUACAAGAGCGUUGGCUAUCCCCGCGAGUACUUCACUUUUGCGGUUCUGAAGUCGUGUUUGAAUGUGCUCAGUCAACGACUUGCGAGUGUGGUCAAGCAAGACAAUCCUUCGUGGAUAUGAUAAAACCCUCAACGGAUGUACGAUACACAACAACAUCACAUGAGGGACUAAUAGCCAAGCGUGCACAGCUUGCAGCUAUCGGGUGGGACUACUUCGUUACGACAUACAGCGCUUUGAGAAUUACGUACAGCACGGAUCGCUUGAUUGCUAUAUCUGGUCUGGCAUCUACGUUGUACGAUACGAGAUACAACCCCAAUGAAGAGGGUGAGCAUGGAAGCCUGCCGCUGUAUCUUGCUGGACUAUGGCGGAUGGACCUCACCAGAGAUAUGUCAUGG